AACGCAAUAGCCCACCUCCCACACGGGGCCACACACGGUCCAAUUCACUCAGGCUGACCCAGCUGACCGCCGACCGACGAGCCGAGACCCCGACGGGCGGCGACGCCUGGACCCCUAGGCGAGGCGGCUCCGGCUUGCCGGCGUGCGGUGGCCGGCGUUGAUCGAGCAGCGUAGCGGCUUGCAGGUCGGCGUUGACCACGGUGAACGAAGAACGGGCGGACGGCGGUGGGAGUCCCACGCCGCCGCGCCCAGGGCCCCAGGCACCACCGCACCAGCGGGUGCGCGGGCGGCGUGGCGCUUGCGGGCCGGCUGCGGCUGACCGUUACCGGCUGUGCGCCUGUGCUUGCGCGGCAUUCCUCUGCUGAUAGCAAGACAACAACCACGGUUUUCAUGUUUUCAUUAUUUUGUGCCAUGCAAUUUGAUAAUGUUUGUGAAUUUGUGAUAAAUUGACAAUGAUGUCAUGAGCAAAAUUUUUGUGAUAAAUUGACAUAGAACAAUUUGUGUUGUUGGUACUCAACUAUGUGGUAUGAAUCUGUACUUUAGGCUGUCAAAAAAAAUCAUCCUUUGAAAAUUUUGAAUACCUUUCCCCAGAUCAUGGACCCGCCCCUCAUGCAUCCCAUCCCCGUACACAAGGAUAUUCAUCAAUGUCAUGCUGUGCUUACUGUUUAUUUAAUAGUGCGCAGCACAACCUGUACUAAUUAGUGAGCUUCAACAAGUGAGAUUAUUCCUACUUGGACGAAUGAUAGAAGGAAAAUUUUUCAAAAGGCUGAACAGGCACAAGAUUAUGUCCUGGUUUCCACGGCACCUGUGCACCCCUGUUUCUUUUCAGCUUUCUACAACCUCUCAACAUCACAAAUUCCACCAUUUGAGUUUGGAUUCUGAACAUUUGUAUGCACUAAAUACUCCAGAACACUUCCUCAUGUUUGUACAUAAAAGUCACAGCUCUCUGAACAUUCCGGAUAUCUUGGUUGGUGGAAACUUUGCCAAUGCUAAUUUUCUUCCCAAAGCUUCUCGUUCGCAUUGCAAUUCUCUUUUCUGUCGAGCUAAAAAAUUGAAGAAUUACUAAUUUUUUUAGAAGAAAAUACAUGUACUGGCCUAGCGAGGUUCUGUGGUAGGGCCAUAGGGGAUGAGAACAGAUAUAUAGUCUUUCAUAUGGCAUAGUUGGAGGUCGAUAUAUGGUUACUCAAAAUUCACUUCAGAAAUCACCUUCCCUCAACGAGUGGAUGUUGAUUGUCCUUUCUUUAUUGAGAACUGAAUUGCUAACUAAACUGCAUGUUACUUUAUGUUUCAGGAAAAAAGAGCAAUAAGUAGAUAAUCCUAUGCAUUGGUUAUCUUGAAGAUUCUCUGUUUAUUACAAAUGCCGAUUGAUCUUAUUUCUGGUGCAGGAUCACUGCAGGAAAGGAAGCAUACGGUCAUCAUGGUUCACUCAAGAACAGGUAUAUGGUGAUGGAGGUCUUCAUUGAUGCUGGCAGAGGUGAAUCUGAUCCUGUUAUCCUCACUCAAUUCAAUGUAACCAAAGUAAUCAGAGACAGCAUUCAACUCAACUUUGGGCAGUUUGGCCUAGCUGCAUCUCUUGGAGCAUUGCAAGUGAAGUAUGUUAAUCCUGUAACAAAGCUUUGCAUAAUUCGAGUGUCACGUGAUGACCACCAGAAAGUAUGGACUGCCAUUACAAUGGUCAGGAGCAUUGGGAAGAUUCCAGUAUCGUUCAACCUGCUGGAUGUGAGUGGAAGCAUCAGGGCAUGCAGGACAGCCGCACUGGAGUGCGACAAAGCAAAGUUUGAGCAGUACAAGCUGGCUGCUGGUGACUGUAUCAUGCCGGAGAUCAUCCUGUCUGUACAGAACUGCUUUGACAAAAUUAGAGGGCUAGAGAGCUAAUGAAUUGGUCUUUAUUCCAUCUCCUGUUUUAGUCUAGCAAUCUCUUGUCUGUGGGUGAAAUAAAAAGAAAGAAACAUUCAGUGCAUUGUGUAGAAUUGAGACCUUAUUGCCUGAACAGGAUGGAACUAAGGUGACAACUUUCUCCUCGUGCAAUGGCUGUGUUUAUAUGACGGCUGUUUGAAGUCUUGAAGACGGCAAAGGUGGGCCCUCUGCAGUAUGACGCCGGAGCCAAGGACCUCCAGACUUUCAGAGCCUUCCUAGCUCAUGCUAGGGUCGCUUUUCUUUCUUUAUUUGCUGCCCUUGUGUUGCAAUUUGUAAAGAUGUUUUAGGUGGCUUGCGUCUUGAUUUGUUGCUUUUCUCUUAAUUAAUAACAUGACGCCGGAAGCUGUUAUAGGCGUCUGAUUUGUUUCA